AUGCGCUUCUCCAUCAUCGCCGCAGUCGCUGCAUUCAGCUCUACAGCUCUGGCCCAAGGUCUUCUUGACCAGAUCCCGCAAUGUGCUCAACAAUGCUUCGGUGGCAACCUAGGCAGCUGCGGUGUUGCCGACAUUGCAUGCAUUUGCGGUAGCAGUGUAAUCAACGAUGUAUCUUGCUGCGUGUUUGCUACAUGCUCGCAGGCGGAUAUCCAAACAACUACCAAUUUCGCCGUCCAACUUUGCAACCUCCAGAAUGUCGAUGUGAACACGCAACCCUCGUGCCCGUCUGGCAGCGCAACGCCUUCUGCGGGCAACUCCUCUAGCGCUUCCAUGACCUCUUCGGGAAGUGCCUCUAUGACCUCUUCAGGAAGCGCCUCCAUGACCUCCUCAGGAAGUGCCGCCUCAGGAAGCACUUCCAUGACCGCUUCAGCAUCCGCGGCAGGCAGCACCGGAGCAGCGCCCUACCAGACUGCAGGUGCUGGAAUCGGUCUUGGAGUCGCCAUGGUUGGAUUGCUCGCUGCUUUGUAG